AUGACCGAGAACGACAAGGACGAUUUGCGAUCCGCCACGGAUCACAGUGAGCAUGAAUCCGGCGACGUCGAGACGAACGGAUCGAGCGGCGUGAAGAUGGCGAAUGGCGCUCAGAACGGGAAAAAGUCGGCUUCUAAUUCAAAAGACCCCUCGAGACCGAGGAGGAAGAAAGCGCGCAGAGCGUGUUUCGCCUGCCAGCGCGCUCAUUUAACUUGCGGUGAUGAACGGCCUUGCCAGCGCUGCAUAAAGCGCGGUUUGCAAGAUGCAUGUCAUGAUGGAGUGCGGAAAAAGGCAAAGUACUUGCACGAUGCUCCAGAUGGCGCUCUCAUGCCGGGUGCCGAGAAAGAGUUUUACAAUCAAGGGAAUGCUGUUCGCAAAAACAGCGUCGGUAACACGCUCGCGCAAGAAGCGCAGCAGACCGUCGAUAAUACUAACAAUAACGGCAACAAUUUUUAUACGCCGUCCACGGCUUCUUACAAUACCUUUGAGACAAAUAAGACGCAAAAUCCAAUGCUUACAGACACUCCAAUAAAUGCAGGCGCUUUCACUGCUACUCCGGUGUCGCCUACAUUUAGCAUGUCGACUGCGUCGGCAAUGCCCUCCAUCUCUCAACAGGGGAAUGAAAUCCCACCAGGGACAGCAGCAGGUCAGAAUUCGUUUGGGGCUUUCUUUGACCCCAGUGACCCGGCUCUGUUCAACUUCGAUCUCGCCAGUAUGAAUUUCGGCAACCGAUAUGGCGCUUUAGAAUUCAGCAUGCUAGGACACAUGGCUACCGGUGCUGGAGACACGCCACCAAGCGAUAAUGGAGCUCAGCGGGGUUCAAUAAGCCAGCGCAGUGGCUCUCAGCAAUUUGGCACGCCUGCACCGGGGACAUUCACUGAUAGCCCAAACCAGCAGACCUUUAUGUUCGGAGACUCGAUUCUGAAUGAGUGGCCGAACGGACAAAACCCGAAUCGGGUGAACGUUGGUAGCCUCUACGGACAGGCUGGAAUGCACCUGUUACAGCAAGACGUACCUCACGCGUUUGCCAUUGGAUCGGGCAAUUUCGCCAGUUCGCCGUCAACGACGAGCCCGCAUAUGACAAACACCACUACUACCUAUGACGACUCACCAAUGAAGACAAAACCCGUCAUAUCCACGCCGCACUUGCGGCAUCAAAGUCUGCACAAUACUAAGAGACGCCAGCGUGAGCCGUCUGCGAUAUACGAAAGCGUCAAGGAGCCGUAUUCCUAUACCAGCGGAUUCCAUAAAUUGACUGCGUUUAUCCAAAGACGGUUCUCGCCGCAAAAGACACUACGGAUUGCAAAAGCAUUGGCGUCAAUCCGCCCAUCGUUCAUUGCUACCACGAAAACCCUCAAUCGGGACGAUCUCAUUUUCAUGGAGAAAUGCUUCCAACGGACGCUCUGGGAAUACGAAGAUUUCAUCAAUGCCUGCGGAACCCCGACUAUCGUCUGUCGGCGAACCGGCGAAGUAGCUGCUGUGGGCAAGGAGUUUAGUAUUCUGACCGGGUGGAAGAAGGAAGUGUUGCUCGGCAAAGAAGCGAAUCUGAACGUCAACACCGGUAGCAGCGGCAGUCAAUCAGAGACGCCGUCGCGCGGCAGCUACACGCCUCGGUUCCCUGGCCAGGACGCUGCGCCGUCGCCGGUGUUUUUGGCUGAGCUGCUAGACGAUGACAGCGUCAUUGCUUUCUACGAGGAUUUUGCGAGACUGGCAUUUGGCGAUUCCAGAGGUAGUGUUAUGAAUACCUGCAAACUGCUUAAAUACAAGACCAAAGAAGACACAGAGCUCCUCAAAUUAGAUGACGGAAGAUGGAACACGCAUGUUGCCAAGGGCGGCAUCGUCGGCGAGGCCGGGAUGAACCGACUAGGGUUUAAAGAUGGUCGGGUUGAAUGCAGUUAUUGCUGGACUGUGAAACGAGAUGUUUUCGAUAUACCGAUGCUGAUUGUUAUGAAUGUGAGGACACACCCUCUUACUAUAAACCACACAAUGACAAACUAA